ACAAUGCCACCUAACUCCUCCCAACGCUAAUAAACAAGAGGAAAAUAUCAAGUCUGUAUGUGACAGCACCGUGAAGGAUCCAGAUCUUGCUGAAUACUACGAACCAGUCCGUGUUGAAGGAUCAAUCAAGUGUGUGACCAUGUGUGACAGUCAACACUCAGAUCACAAAAAAUGCUACAAUAAGGGAGAAUGCAAAGUCUACAGGAGCAUUGGAGCACUUUGCGAAUGUCAAAAUGUACAAUCCACUUGGUAUUUGAGCGAUGACUGUAGCCUCCCUAUUCACAAGACUGCCUUCUACGCAGGGUUAAGUGCGACCCUUGCUUGUCUGUUGGUGACUGUGGGAGUCUUGACUGCAUGCAUGCUGAUCAACAAACAAAAGCAAACACAGAGUAGAGACAUGAAGGAAAAGCUGGUGAAUCAGUGGCUAAAUGAGGACUUUAAGUGGUCCAGACCACAAAGCCCAGCAUAUACAAAUAAUGCCAUCCACACAGGAGAAUCCAGUGAUUACAGACAGCCCCUCCCUGUCUACCAGAUGAAUCGACCUCCUACAUAUAAUAACAACAGACAGCCAAGCUCAUCAGCAGGCAUGGACUCUCAACCACACAAUACUUCAUUCUUUAAUGAUGGAUAUGCACAGCCAGCUCCAUCAACCCUGCCCCUCAGAGAAUUCUCGUCCAACCAGCAGUUCAUGAUCAACAGGAUCAGAACAUCCUGGGACGUUUGAGGAGAAUACCUGAUGAUGAUGAUGAAGAUGAUCUAUUUUUCCUGCCUUAUAUAAACAUCUAUUGCUUGAAUUAUAUAUGAUAUAUAUCAAAUUAUAUGUUUUAUAGUCAAUAUUUAUGAUUAUGUAUUCUGGAAUAUUUAUGAUGAACAGCUCUGAUGUUGUUAUUAUUAUGUGUGUGGUCAUUUGUAUGGAUGUUAGUGGUGGUGUUGUAAUGGAAUGCUGUUGACUCUUCAACUACUAAUGGAGCAUGUGUAUAGCAUGUGUAGCAUGUGUGAAAGGUAAAAAAAAUAUAAAAAAAAUAAUGUUAACACCCCUUAUCUCAAGGAGUUGAUUAUAUAAAGACUAUGUUGUUUGGUGUUCUCCCUCCUUUCUACCCUGGCAGGGUGUGGCUGGUUGUGCAGGUCUCAAUAAACAAGGCAUACCUGUGUCUAAUCAGCCACUCCUACCAUAAAAGCCUGAUCAGCACCUGUACCAUUAUCGCAGUUGUCGCACCAGUGUCUCACUUUGUUCAGCCAGUGUUCUCUAGUUAAUCCUCUGACCUGUUUGACUCACACGCAACGCCAGCCAGCCUUCAGCCACCACCACAUGCCUUCUGUGUUAAUUCUCAUAAUAAACAGUA